UUGUUCCACUCAGUCCAGACCUCCUGCACUGAGCUGCUGAAGGUGAUUGAGAAAUACCAGCGGAGGAUCACACACCUGUCUCAGGAGGAGAAUGAGUUGGGGAUGUUCCUGAGGGUCCAGGCGGAACACGACCGCACCAAGGCUGGCAACAUGAUGGACGCAACCAGCAAGGCCCUGUGUUCCUCGGCCCAGCAGAGACUGGCCCUGUGCCCACCCCUACAGCGGAUGGAGCAGGAAGUGGAGACGUUCCGGCGGCGUGCGAUCGCUGACACGCUCCUGACCGUGACCCGGAUGGAGAAAUCCAGGACGGAAUACCGUGGAGCGCUGCUCUGGAUGAAGGAUGUCUCUCAGGAACUGGACCCUGACACCUAUAAACAGCUGGAGAAGUUCCGCAAGGUACAGUCCCAGGUCAGAGGGUCGAAGGAGCAGUUUGAUAAGCUGAAGAACGAUGUGUGUCAGAAGGUUGACAUGCUGGGAGCCUCCCGUUGUAACAUGCUGUCUCACUCCCUCUGCACAUACCAGACCACCCUCCUCCAGUUCUGGGAGAGGACAGCCUAUGUGAUGAGUGGGAUCCAUGUGGCUUUUAAAGGCCUCGUCUCCUACCAGUUCACCACUCUCAAGGACCUCCGGGAUCCUCUGGAGCAGCUGACAGAUGUAGAGAACCAGGACCGUAACAAAGAGGAUGCCAUACAGAGUAUCAGUCUGGUCUCCCUGGAUGAAGAGAAGCCAUCAGAAUCAGCCUCUGGCCCCUCCCAUUCUGCUGAUGGACAGAGCCACAUCAGUGACAGCUCUCUGUGUGCCCGUCUGGACUCUGCCCUGUGUGAUCUCAGUGGGCAGUUCAGUACAGCCAGCACCGAUGACGAGCUCUUCCUCCUGGCCUGUGACCAGCCCCAGCCUGGCCUCUCCUCCUCCAUGCAGCUUCUGCCCCCUCUACAGACCACAGCACCCUCUGGUGGUCCCUGGGGUUUUGGAGGUGUGCAGCCCCAGCCUGGCCUCUCCUCCUCCAUGCAGCUUCUGCCCCCUCUACAGACCACAGCACCCUCUGGUGGUCCCUGGGGUUUUGGAGGUGUGCAGCCCAGCAGCCUCACACAUCUCUCUCUCCCUGGGAGCCUCACUGGUAAACAGGCUGACGACUGGAGUAGGUUGGCUCUUACCUGUCCUGUCCUGUCCUGUCCUGUCCUGUCCUGUCCUGUCCUUCUAACCCUUUGUCUGUCUCUGUGCUGUGUUCCAGGUGGGGCCCUGCAGCAGGGGGCCGGGGUGGGGGUCGGGGCACGGCAGAGGGACAAGGAGGAGGACAGGGAGGCUGGGGACAUGGCCUUUCUGAAGGACCUCCUGAGCCCUGGACCAAUGGAAGCAGACGAGUUCAGUGGAGAGUGGCAAGGCACCUUGGGCUGCUUGGAGUCCUCUGACCCUGUCCCCCCCACCCUGGCCCCUCCCCCCCCUACUGGAGAAGCCUGCCCCCCCUCUCAGCCCCCCAGUCCCACCGGCUUCCUGCCCUCCCAGCUGCUGGACCACAGUCUGAGUUCUACAGGCUGGGCGACUCCUCCCAUGUUCCAGGCUCCGCCCCUACAGCCCCCAGCGUCUGGCCAGGCCCAAUCAGCUAAGGGUGGCCCAAAGACAACAGCCAAUGUCCCUCAAGGUGCAUCGCGGGACAUGUCUGCAUGGUUCAACCUGUUUGCUGAUCUGGACCCCCUCUCUAACCCUGACGCCAUCGGACGCUCUGAAGAUGAGAUCUUCAAUGCCUGAGGGGGGUGUGUGUGUGUGUGUGUGUGUGUGUGUGUGUGUGUGUGUGUGUGUGUGUGUGUGUGGGUGCAGUUACUGUAUACUUUGUGAAAGGGACCUGGGAGGAAGAAUGGAUCACAUGAAAUGCUGUAUUAAUGUUGUGCUAUUGAUGAUAUAGCAGGAUCUGACUGUCAAUGUUAUGAGAAGAUCCUUCUCUACGGGAUAUGUACUGGAGGGUGCUGGACCUAACAGUAAUGUCUGUAAUAGAUGAUAUAGGAUGAUCUGACUGAGAUUAACCUUCUAUAUAGGAUAUGUACUGGAGGGUGCUGGACCUAACAGUAAUGUCUGUAAUAUUCUAUAAUGUGUACUGUAGGGUGCUGGACCUAACAGUAAUGUCUGUAAUAUUCUAUAAUGUGUACUGGAGGGUGCUGGACCUAACAGUAAUGUCUGUAAUAUUCUAUAAUGUGUACUGUAGGGUGCUGGACCUAACAGUAAUGUCUGUGAUAUUCUAUAAUGUGUACUGUAGGGUGCUGGACCCAACAGUAAUGUCUGUGAUAUUCUAUAAUGUGUACUGUAGGGUGCUGGACCCAACAGUAAUGUCUGUGAUAUUCUAUAAUGUGUACUGUAGGGUGCUGGACCUAACAGUAAUGUCUGUGAUAUUCUAUAAUGUGUACUGUAGGGUGCUGGACCUAACAGUAAUGUCUGUGAUAUUCUAUAAUGUGUACUGUAGGGUGCUGGACCCAACAGUAAUGUCUGUAAUAUUCUAUAUUGAUGAUAUAGGAUGAUCUGACUGAGAUUAACCUUCUAUAUAGGAUAUGUAGUGUAGGGUGCUGGGCUUAAUCUUAGAGAUAGAAUAUAGGACCUAACACUUGAUUGGUUGGCCCAACAACCUAACACCUGAUUGGCUGGCCCAACAACCUAACACCUGAUUGGUUGGCCCAACAACCUAACACCUGAUUGGUUGGCCCAACAACCUAACACCUGAUUGGCUGGCCCAACAACCUAACACCUGAUUGGCUGGCCCAACAACCUAACACCUGAUUGGCUGGCCCAACAACCUAACACCUGAUUGGUUGGCCCAACAACCUAACACCUGAUUGGCUGGCCCAACAACCUAACACCUGAUUGGCUGGCCCAACAACCUAACACCUGAUUGGUUGGCCCAACAACCU